AAGUAUGCUUGUCUAGUUCCCAGUUACACUAUACUAGUAUCAAACUUCAUACCUUUAUGGAUACCAUACUAACAAGAUGGCAGCCUCCAUGGACGAAGAAAAGAAGAAAAUGCCCCCAUUCUGAUUGAACUUGUUGCUGCUAGACGUUAGGUCAUCAGAAAUCGAAUCGAAAUGUUAAGAAUUUGUUGGAAGACAUGGGGGAGCCCGUUAAAGCUUAAAAAUUGUAUAAUGGUACGCGGAAAGAGGUACUUUUCAAGCAAGAAAUAUGCCGAUACGCUAAACCUGCCGAAGACAACGUUUGAGCUAUGGGGUGCUGGAAAACGUGAAGAAGACAUUCGGAGGGUCUGUGGUUUUUCGGAACUCUACUCAUGGCAAAGAAAACAGGAAACUGGAAAGGCUUUUUGUCUGCAUGAUGGUCCACCGUAUGCCAAUGGAGACCCACACAUUGGUCAUGCUCUAAAUAAGAUACUGAAAGAUGUCAUCAAUCGUUACAAACUGUUGCGCGGCUACAGGGUCCACUACAAGCCUGGCUGGGAUUGCCACGGUCUCCCUAUUGAGUUGAAAGCACUCUCUGAGAAAGAGGAGGAUUUUCGGAAGCUGAGCCCUCCAGAAAUAAGGAGAAAGGCCAGAAAUUUUGCAGCGAAAGCUAUUGACAGACAGAUGGAGGCAUUCAAGAAAUGGGGCAUCAUGGCUGAAUGGGAGAGUGGCUGCUAUUACACAUUUGACAAAGAGUAUGAAGCCUCCCAGCUGCGAAUUUUCCAUCAAAUGUAUCAGAAGGGGUUUAUCUACCGUGACUUGAAACCAGUCAACUGGUCUCCAUCCUCGAGGACGGCACUAGCAGAAGCUGAGCUGGAAUACAACCCCAAUCACGUCUCCCCGUCCAUCUACGUCAAGUUUCCAGUAUCAAAGCUUCCAGGGAAAUUGGCCGAAUAUUCAACUAAUCUCCACGCUGCUAUUUGGACCACCACUCCUUGGACCAUUCCGGCCAAUGAGGCCAUCUGUUACAUGCCAGCCAAAGACUACAGCGUGGUACGGUGUGCGGAAACCGGGGAGAAUUUACUCCUAGCGGCAGAGAGAGUCGAAGAAAUGGCAGAGAUUCUGGGAAAGAAAUUUGAGAGGAUAGUUUCUUUUGGAGGUUCUGAACUGGAAGGUGGUUCCUGCUUUCAUCCCACGAUAAGCGGCAAAACAGUGCCCCUGCUACCAGCAGCCCAUGUCAAGAUGAGCAUGGGCACCGGACUUGUCCACACGGCACCAGCCCAUGGACCAGAGGAUUAUGGGAUAGCCGUCCAGUUCAAUCUGCCCUUGCACUGCACAGUUGAUGAAGAUGGUAUCUUUUCACCAGAGGUUGGUCAAGACUUGGCAGGGAAGAAUGUCCUGACAGAAGCUAAUGAUAUAGUCAUUGAAAUGCUGAGAUGCAAUGGGAGUCUACUGAAGCAGUCUAAUUAUGUGCACAGCUACCCCUACGAUUGGAGGACCAAGCAGCCAAUCAUCAUCAGGCCCAGCAAGCAGUGGUUCAUUAACACGGGGGCAAUCAAAGACAGGGCAUUGGAAUGUCUUGAAAAUGUUGAGAUGCUUCCGAGCCACGCUCUGAACAGCAUGAGAACUUAUUUGGACGGCCGGACGUUCUGGUGUAUAUCUAGGCAGAGGGUUUGGGGUGUCCCUAUUCCAGUAUUUUACAACAAAGAGACGGACGAACCACUCCUUACAAGUGAAAGUGUUAGCCACGUGACUAGUCUUAUUGAAAAGCAUGGCAGUGACUGCUGGUGGAAUUUACCUGUAGAAGAACUGCUUCCCGACAGCUUGAUACCUAAAUCAGGUUCCAAGUCCAAGGAUUUUGUGAAAGGAGAAGACAUCUUGGAUAUAUGGUUUGACAGCGGUUCUUCGUGGUCACAUGUCCUGAAAGAUUCAGACGAGCAGGCAGAUUUGUACCUGGAGGGGGAGGACCAGUAUGGCGCCUGGUUCCAGACAUCUCUGCUUACAAGCGUCGCUGUGAAGGACAGGGCACCGUAUAGGAGUCUUCUUGUGCAUGGCUUCACGCUAGACGGUGAAGGAAGGAAAAUGUCAAAGUCUUUAGGUAACGUGGUUGACCCUGAUGUUGUUGUGAGUGGUGGAAAAAACAAGAAGACAGAUCCUGUUUACGGGGCCGAUGUGCUGAGGUGGCGCCUGGCCGAGUCCAGCUGGUUGACCAGGGUCCAAGUUGGCCCAGAACUCUUCGCCAUGACCAACCAAAACAUUUUAAAGAUAAGGAACACUAUUCGGUACUUCCUCGGCAACCUUUAUGACUUUGACCCCACCAGUGACCUCCGACCUCAUGCUGACCUCUUGCCCAUUGACAAGUACAUGCUGCACCUUCUCCACGACUACGGGUCAAAGGUCGCCACCGCCUAUGACAGCUAUGAGUUCGGCGAGAUCACGGCUAAGGUCACGGAACUGAUUCAUGGCAAAAUCUCGGCUUUUUACUUGGAUACCAUGAAAGAUAGGUUAUACUGUGAAGCGUAUGAUUCGCUGGAGAGACGCUCUUGUCAGUCGGUCCUGCAUCACUUGUUGGAGGUUAUCGUCAGGUCGAUAGCCCCCAUCACGCCCCAUCUUGCAGAAGAAGCAUUCAUGCACAGACCAGAUGCUGUCAGUGUCUUCAAGACUGGCUGGUUCCACUGUGACAGUUCAUGGCAUCAGCCCGAGCUGGCCGCUGUGCUCGGCGCCCUCUGUAGUGUACGAGAGACGUUCCUGGCUGCGAUACAUGCGCCACGGAGUCGCGAAUAUGAUGUCACAGUCUGCACCAAUGACAUACAGCUUUUAGGUUACCUUCAAGCGCUCCAGGAAGAGACAACUUCCAGCACGUCCCAUCUCAGUGAACUCAUGAUGGCCUCCUUCACAACUGUUGCCAUGGAGAUGGAGAGGUCACCAACAGAGGGCAGUAUUCAAGUUGCCGGAAGUGUUGGAGUUCCAUCAACAAAUGGUGUGACGUCUAGUGCAGAGUAUAGUCUUCUUAUUCAGCCUGCCAGUCACCAUCACUGCAAACGGUGCCGCAAACGCACAGCAGAGAUGCCCAAUCAGCCAUGCAGCAGAUGCCUGCUAGCAAUGUCCGGCGGCUGGGAAUGAGACUAGUACUAGAAUUACUUCUCAGGUGUUACUUCAUUGUUGAUUUCAAUGGAUAAAGUGAAAAUGCACACAUACAAUUAACAAUUGUCUGUUGUGACGUAGUCCAUGGCAUUUUUUUUACACCCAAGGAACGCAAAUGGUAUCAGAGGCCACACCCCUGUUCAUUUCUAAUUCGGGAGUCCAAACCCUUGGUUGUCAAUAUGUGCAUCUGUGUUACACUUGCGGAGGCCCACUUUGACAUAUGUGCACUCCCCAGGGUACUUAUGCGCAACGUCUGUUCUAGCUAUGCUGUAGAAAGCAGCAAGCAGGGAUGAAAAUAUUGAAAAUCUCUGAGAAAGAUCAAGGUACAUGAGGUGAUGGACAUGUGAAGAGUCCUCAACUAAUGUAAUUUCACUAAUAGAUCUUUUAUUAUUAUUAUUUAUUUCUGGUAAUGAAACCAAGGAUUCCUCCAAGUGCCCUAGGCACUGUAGCUCGCAAGCCUGAAGAAACCUUAGGAGAGAAGACAAUGAGAAGACAUUACA